GAAUUUUGGAUUUUCUCGGAGGACAUCAUGAAGAUGUAUACCAAGAAAAAAAACACAAGGGACAUCUUACUCAUGAAAUAAUCGCUGGUGCCGCAGCUUUUGAAGCCAUGAGGCACUAUGAAAAAAAGCAUGAAGAAGAAACUGGACAAAAAGAUAAAUUUGCUUUCGCUAAAGAGGCAUUCGCAGCAUUUGCUGCCGCUGAAGCAGAAAAACUCAUUGAGACAAAAGGUCUAGAUCAACUUGAUAAAAUGAAAGCAAAAAAGCACGCAAAAGAGUCUGCUGAAAAAUUAUACGAUGAAAAAUAUGGUAGUGAAUGUUAA